GAGCACGUCAACUAUCAAGACGAGGAGUUCCUGAAUCGGACUGGGUUGUUGAAUGAAAACGUUUCCAUAGUAAGCUCUUUCUGGGCCCAGGUAAAGCCAAUUGUCUCUGCUUGUUGGAUUACCUGCCACUGGUGCCAGGGGUGAACCUGCGUGCAGAGUCCCACCGUGGGCAACAGGGAAGCAGCGGCCCAGGGUGCACCUGAGAUGAUGGAGGGCAGCUGUGGAAAAGUGAUAGGGCCACUUACGUAACACAGCUGAAAGCCCGUUGGAGAGGCAGUCAGGCUGCCCUCUGCCAACACAUCUCUUCUGACGUGCUGACAGAGGCUGCAGCCCGCUCGGGGUCCUGCAGCCAGAAAUGGGAAGGGGCUGCAGAGGGUAGGGUCCCCCUUAACAGAGAUGCUUCAAUGCCUCACAACCUGUCUUCGCUUUUGAGUCCUGGAGGCGGAAGGAAGGGUGUGGCUUUUCCCUACAAUUUGUGGCCAUUGCUCAGUCACUAUCUUCCUGGGAGACACCAGAAUAUUUUUAAAACACUCAGAAUAUAAGAAAUUUCAUUUUGGAGAGAGUAGUACAGCAUCAAGGGGCUUUGGAGUCUGAGCGGCCCUGGGACUACGUCGACCGCUUCCUCAACAUUUUGGAGGAGGUGCGUGUGGCAGACCCCCCGUGCUGCAUGGGCGGCUGCGUGGCCCUCAUUGCAUAGAUGUUGCCUGGGCUCCGUGCACGCAGGUCCAGGUCUGAUGCCCCCUGUCUGGAAGACCCCAGGCCUCCAUGGUGUGUUUCCCCACCGCUGGGCUGACAUGUGGAGCGCGUACCUUUCCCUCAUUAACUGCCUGAUGGUUCAGUGUUUACUCAGCACUUGCUAGGCAAAGUGACCUGACUGAGACCAUCCCUCCUGCCCCCCCCAGGAGCCCAUGGACCAUCACAGAACUGCAGGGAAAUCUACAGGGAAACCGACCCAUAUUCUGAAUUUAAUGUUGAGAACCUAGCAGCUGUUGGCUCUAACCUGUUCAGUGCUGGCCAGGAGACGGUCAGCAGCACACUGUGGCUGGCCCUGCCAAUCCGGCUGAAGCACCCAGAGGUGGAAGGUAGAGUCCACAAGGAAAUCGACAGAGUGGUUUCCCCUGCAUGAGCGACAGUGCCCGGAUGCUCUACACAGACGCCGUGGUGCGUGAGGUCCAGAGAUACAUUAAUCUCGUCCCGUCCAAUCUGCCUCAUGCCGUGACUCAGGACACCGAGUUCAGACAGUGCUUCACUCGUAAGCUGUGUGUAGAGAGCCUCACACAAGAGAAUCCAGGACCUAGGAGCAAGUCACCGCAGUCCUGUCAUGACUCUGGUCCAUUGGCCCUCUCUCCCAGCUGUCCUCCCACAGUCCUCGGUGCGUUUCCAAGAGCAGCAGAACAUGCAGAAUUCAUCUCUGGGGUUGGUGUCGUUUGAGGAUGUGGCUGUGAACUUCACCUGGGAGGAGUGGCAGGACCUGGAUGAUGCCCAGCGGACCCUGUACAGGGUCGUGAUGCUGGAGACCUACAGUAGCCUGGUGUCACUGGGGCACUGCAUUACCAAACCUGAGGUGAUCGUCAAGUUGGAGCAAGGAGCAGAGCCAUGGACAGUAGAGGAACCCCUAGAGCAGAGCCUCCCAGAUGUCCAGACUGCAGGUGACCUGAUGGAGACUGGCCAGGAGUAUCAGAGCAGACUUUUGUGGCAAGUUGGAUUGGCCAACUAUGAAACGUCAACGAAGGAGAGAACCAGUUUGGGAAAAACACUUAAUUUGAGUGCAGCCGAUGUUUCAAAACUGAUUGUAAAUAACGGAAGCUACUCAGGAGUGAAGGCAGAGUUGUUUAAUGUGUGCCAGAACACGUUUCUCCCUGGUGAGCCUGGUGGGAUGCGUGUUGGAGAGAAUGCCAAGGAAUGUCAUACAACUGGGAGCCCCCUCAGGUGUGCCGAGUGUCCUAGUUGUCAUCCGAGGAAUCAGACUUUGCAGCAGCCUCUUGAAUUUAGUGGGCAAGGGAAAGACUUCAACAAGGGGGCAACACUCUGUACCUAUAGGAGAGCUCACAUGGGAGAGACUGCCUGUAGGUAUAAUGAACAUCAGGAAGCCUGUGGUAUGUCAGCUGUCACUGCCCAAGAGAGAACUCACAUAGGGGAGAAUCACUGUGGAUGUAACAAAUGGAGGAACACUUUUUGUGAGAAACCAACACAGUUGCAUCUUGGUCUAGCCGAUUUCGAGGAGCAACGCCAUAAACAUGAUCAAAGCGGGGCUAAUUUCAGCAAGAAAUCACACCUCGCUCAGCUUUCGAGAACUCUGUUAGAAGAGAAAACUUUUGAAUGUGAUGUAUGUGCUAAAACUUUCUACAAGAGGUCUAAUCUCAGUAAACAUCGGAAAAUACACACAGGAGAGAAACCCUAUAAAUGUAGCGAGUGUGAGAAGACCUUCAGUAGUAAAACAGUUCUUACAGUACAUCGGAGAACUCAUACAGGGGAGAAGCCCUAUGCAUGUGUCGAAUGUGAGAAAUCUUUCUGCCAUAAGUCACACCUGACUGUUCAUCAGAGAAUCCACACAGGGGAAAAACCGUAUGAAUGUUAUGAAUGUGGGAAAUCCUUCCCUGUGAAAACAAAACUCACCGUACAUCUGAGAACACACACAGGGGAGAAGCCCUAUGAAUGUAAUGAAUGUAGAAAAACCUUUUAUGAGAAGUCAGCUCUCACUGCACAUCAGAGAACUCACACAGGUGAGAAACUCCACGAAUGUAAAGAAUGCAGGAAAGCUUUCUGUGGGAAGUCAGCCCUCACUGUACAUCAGAGAACUCACACAGGAGAGAAACCCUAUGAGUGCAAAGAAUGUUGGAAGAGUUUCUGCCGGAGGUCAGCCCUCGCUGUCCAUCAGAGAACUCACACAGGAGAGAAACCCUAUGGAUGCAAUGAAUGUGGGAAGGCCUUCUGUCAGAAAUCACACCUCAGCAAACAUUUGAGAACUCACACAGGGGAGAAGUCAUGUAUGGCAGAGACUGGCAGUGUAUUCUCCAAGACUCACUUUCUUUUUCUCUUGGCACAUAGUUAGUCUGCAUUUCUCAGCCUUCCUUUUCCAGGACCGUGUAUCUGAGCUCUGGUUGGUGGUAUGGAAACACAGUGGUGAACGUUAAUUUAGGCCUCUCCCACAGAAACUCUUCGGUGCGCACUUGGUUGCUCAUGCCUGUGAGUCCUAAAUACAGAUGUCAUCUAGGGUAGCCUUGGGAACACAUGGCAGAAGAUGGCAAUUGUGACUUUGGACAGAAGAUGUACCCCCCAAACUCCAUGUGUAACUGACACAAGUGAGAGACAUCUAUGCUGUUGAGCUGUCCCACGUCUGGUCUUGAAGCACUGCCGCACCACCACCCUGCCAUUGCUCAUUCGCUUUAUGAGCAAGAGCAUUCUGGGACAGGUUCCGGCUUUGGUACAUCAGAAAAUUCACACAGUGGAGAAGCCUGUGUUAUGUUCUUUCAUCCCCUAGUUUGUUUAUGAAAACAAGUGAAAUCAUUGGAGAAACAAAGAAUCAACAUAUUUGAGUAUGUUUUUAUCUGUCAGAGGUAUCAUGAACACUGAGAACUAAGGAUAGUACAGCCUUGAAGUGUCUUUAAUGUGUCAAGAGUUUCAAUAAAACUUUUUUAUGUAUGAGAGAAUUUGUAAUGAAGGGAAGAUAAUCAAUUUAGGUAAUAUGGAUGAAAAAUUUCAAAGAAAUAUUAAAUACAGUAUUGAGGUAUUAAAAAAGAGUUGACUAAAUGUCA